CACACCUCCUGCCUUCGACACGCAACUGCUCUCUCUGCCAUAUGCUUUUCCAAAUGUGAGGCAGUAAUAACAGCCUUCUCCUGACUCCAGAAACUCCCAUCUCUCUCUCAUGGCGUCUGCUGCUACAGGCCUUCAAAUAUGCAGCUGCCUGUCAUCUACCACGCCAAAGCAAAGACAACGACGCUUCAGUCACUUCUCGGAGGUCAUUCACAAUGAUAGAGAGUUCAUAAGAAGAGGGUUGGACGGGGUUAAAACCGUCCAUCUCUCCAAAUUCUCCAAGACCUUCUCUGACUUUUUCUGGCUAAGGAAUUUCGAAGAUCCAAAGGCCGAUCCCGGUCCGAUUCAGCUUCCAAAACCUUCCUAUCCAGGGCUAUCUGGUACAGACUUGUUUAUGGCUGAUCUCAAGGCUUUAAAGGACUAUGCUAUCUAUUUCUACUUUGCCUCGAAGAUUUGGUCCAAGCCCCUUCCCGAGGUUUAUGAUCCACAGAAAGUUGUAGAUUAUUUCAGUUGCAGGCCCCAUGUUGUGGCCUUUCGGGUUCUCGAGGUAUUUUCAUCAUUCGCAUCUGCAACAAUCAAAAUGCGAACCUCAGAAAUUUUCAAGUUCAAUGGAUUCGGCAUGGGCAGGGAUGAUGAAAGGAAAAGCUCAGAUUACUAUAUCGGGCAGUUGCUAAAAGAAACAAUGCUGAACCUUGGUCCGACCUUUAUCAAAGUUGGUCAGUCCCUUUCCACAAGGCCUGAUAUAAUUGGUUCAGAGAUUUCCAAGGUACUAUCUGAAUUGCAUGAUCAAAUCCCUCCCUUUCCUAGGGCCACAGCUAUGGAAAUCAUUGAGGAGGAAUUGGGCUGUCCCGUAGAAACAGUCUUUAGCUUCAUUUCCGACAAACCCGUGGCUGCUGCUUCGUUUGGCCAGGUCUAUCGUGGGUGUACUUCUGAUGGUUGUACUGUUGCUGUGAAAGUUCAGCGGCCUAACCUGCAUCAUGCAGUUGCUCUAGAUGUCUAUAUCCUCCGCAUUGGGCUGGAGCUCGUGCAGAAAGUUGCAAAAAGGAAGAACGAUCUUCGCCUUUAUGCAGAUGAGCUUGGGAAAGGCUUAGUUGGGGAGUUGGAUUACUCUUUAGAGGCUGCAAAUGCUUCUGAGUUCUUGGAAACUCAUGCUCAGUUUCCAUUUAUGCAUGUUCCAAAAGUGUUUAGACAUUUGAGCAGAAAGCGAGUUCUAACAAUGGAGUGGGUGGUUGGUGAAAAUCCAAAUGAGUUGCUUCUUCUAGCCCAAGGUUCUGAUCAGCAUAGUGUUGGGUUUGUGGAGAGGCAAGAACUGGCUAAGAAGCAUCUUCUUGAUAUGUUCAAGGUUAACAAAGGAGUGGAAGCAACACUUGUUCAACUCCUCGAAACGGGCCUGUUGCAUGCUGAUCCACAUCCUGGGAACUUGCGUUAUACAACUGCCGGACAGAUUGGGUUUCUUGAUUUUGGUUUGCUUUGUCGGAUGAAGAAGAAACAUCAGUUUGCCAUGCUCGCAUCCAUUUUGCACAUAGUAAAUGGAGAUUGGGGUGCUCUUGUUUAUGAUCUGACAGAAAUGGAUGUUGUAAGGCCGGGAACUAAUAUCCGUCGCGUGACCAUGGAAUUGGAAGAUGCCUUGGGUGAAGUUUCCUUUAAAGAUGGAAUUCCUGAUGUCAAGUUCAGUAGGGUUCUUGGUAAAAUCUGGUCUAUAGCCUUCAAGUAUCAUUUUCGUAUGCCGCCAUAUUAUACACUGGUUUUACGCUCUUUGGCUUCCUUGGAAGGCUUGGCAGUGGCGGCAGAUCGAGAUUUUAAGACAUUUCAAGCUGCAUACCCUUAUGUCGUUCGUAAACUUCUUACUGAUAAUUCACCUGAUACGAGGAGAAUCUUACACUCGGUAGUCUUCAACAAGCGGAAGGAAUUCCAAUGGCAGAAGCUUGCACUGUUCUUGAGAGUAGGUGCAACUAGGAAAUCCAUGCAUGAGCUCAUUACAUCUGACUCUGGAAGUCACCCUGAGCAUGGUACAAGUGAACAAAACAGUGUGUUUGAAGUUGCAAACUUGGUCAUGACGCUUCUACCAUCUAAAGAUGGUGCUGUGCUGAGAAGACUGUUGAUGACUGCGGAUGCGACUUCAUUAGUCCGAGCUAUGCUUUCUAAGGAGGCCAUCUUCUUCCGUCGGCAUGUUAGUAGGACCCUUGCCGACGUGCUCCACCUAUGGAUGAUCAAAGCUCUUGGAUGGGACCAUAAAAUAGCAAGCCCCUACAGUUCUCGCACGAAAAUGGCGAACCUACAGAACCCGAUGGGCCUCUCUUCAGAAUCACCAGCAUUCCUCUACCAGGUUGCACUACAAGAUCGCCGACUGAAAGUGAUAUUUUACAAGGUGCUAAAUGCCGUGAGGAAAGAUCCUAUAUUGAUGCUCAGAUUCUGCUGGGCCUCCUUUGUGAUAUUUGUGUCAGCUACGGCCCUAGCUUUUCACCGUUUUUUGGUUUCUUGGUCAGAGACAUCCAUAUCCAAUGUAUCAUUCGCACAUAGGCAGGUCGCAGUCAGUGUAUAGUACAUUGGAUCCUUUCAAGACAUGCAUUUGUAAAGGAAGCUUGUGCUGUUGCCCUUUCUGUAUAGCUUGUUGGAAUUGGGGGACCAGAUUUUCUCACACAAUUGAGGGCGAAGGAGGUAAUUCUAACCUGUAGACCAAAAAAAAGAAGAAGAAGAAGAA